AUGCAGAGAAAUCUCAAUCGUGUUGCUGCUCUGAGUACCACGAUUCUCGUCGUCGUUGGUCUAAUCAUCUACUUUACCCAACCACAGGCCCGCUUUUCGAACAUUACUGUCAUCCCGACCACUGAAGAAUCGCCAACCGUACGCAUACCUCUAUCGGGUAUUGUUGAAGCAGAGAGGACGGAUGCCUUCAACGUGACGCGAUUUACCCGGCACACGACUAAUGCCACGUCAGAGUUGCUCUGGCUUUCUCUCACCUAUAACAAGGAUUCCUGGGGUCGGAAUCGCCUUCGAUGGACGCGAACUGUCGACGAUUAUUUGAAACUUUUACCCCUACAGCAUAAUGUUGAGACUAUUUCACUUGGUCUUCUUACAAGCUCGGUAGACGAGUAUCACAAAUAUAAGGCAGCAACCGCACGUUAUCCUUUCGCCAGAGUGGAAAUCAUUCUACACCCUGGCUAUCACAACUCCAACGGGUCAACUGUGGAUCGGGAGCACCGCCACGAUGAUGAGGUGCAGGCUGCCCGCCGCUCCGAGAUAGCCCUGUUGAGGAAUUAUCUCAUGUUGAAAACCCUGGAAGCAGAAUCGCACAUUCUCUGGGUGGAUGCCGACAUCUUUCGCCUCGACGAAGGUAUUGUUAGGCGAAUUCUCCAGCAUAUCCGCGAUGAAGAGGCUAUAGGCCUUGUAACCGCAAGAUGUUCGCGGGACGGAGCGGAAGAUUAUGAUCGCAAUGCAUGGCGAGGCACAAGAAAAGGUCCCAGAGGUUGGGAUCUGGAUCAGGAUGAGAUCGCAAAAGGAGAACUGAAGACCCAAGGCCAAUACCAUGUCGAUAAAUUGAUCGUGGGUACCACAAACGAUGACCUUGUUGACCUCGACACGAUCGGCGCAACAAUCCUAUACUUACGAGCUUCGCUCAUCUGGCAAGGCUUGAACUUCCCUCAUCAGUUCGUCAUCGGCACUCGGUGGAAAAAAGACGGCUGGGAUGGUAUCGAGUCAGAAGGCCUUUGUUAUCGGGCUAAAGGACUGAGCGGAGGAAAAUGCGCAGUAUUAGGAGGUGAAUGGUCUAUUCAACAUACGGAUUUCUGA